GACAGGGCGGUGCGCCGGCUCGCGGGGGGGCGGAGCAAGAUGGCGGCGGUACCGGCGCUCCCGGUGUCCCUGUCGGGCAGGUUUAAGGGAUCCUAUGCAUAUUUUACGAUUAAAGACAGACUUCCCCAGAUCCUCACAAAAGUUAUUGAUACUUUGCAUCGACAUAAAAAUGAAUUUUUUGAAGAACAUGGUGAGAAGGGUGUUGAAGCAGAGAAGAGAGCCAUAUCUUUCCUCUCCAAACUGCGGAAUGAGCUGCAAACAGACAAGCCAGUGACCCCUCUGGAAGAUGAGUUGCCCGAUGCUGCGCUGUGGAACCGAUACCUGGACUACCAACGAAAUUUAUCAAAUGGAAAUGGAGAACCAAGUUGGUUUCAGUCCCCUUGGCUGUACGUAGAGUGUUACAUGUAUAGAAGAAUUCAUGCAGCAUUAGCACAGAACCCACCUAUUGACAACUUUGAUGUAUUUAAGGAAGGAAAGGCUCAAAAUUUCUUUGAAUCCCAAGAAGCUAUUAUUGCCUUAUGCACUUACUUUCAGGAACUUCUUAAGAACAUCAAGGAUCUAGAUGAAAAGCAACUUCAGGAGGAGCUUUUUAAGCUAUUGCAGGUGUCAUUGUGGGGCAAUAAGUGUGACCUUUCUUUUUCAGCUGGUGAAGAUAGCUCUCAGAAAUCUAGUCCUUUGCAAUCCCUGGAAAACAUGGUACCUUACAUCUUAGUGGAUGAUAUGGAAAAAGUUUGGUCACUACUUGUAAAUGCCAAAAAAAAUGGAACAGAAAGAAGUAAUGUUAGAGUUGACAUAAUCCUGGAUAAUGCUGGAUUUGAACUUGUAAGUGAUCUUGUGUUGGCUGAUUUCUUGUUGUUGUCAAAGCUGGCUGAUGAAGUCUAUUUUCAUGGAAAAAGUAUUCCAUGGUAUGUAUCAGAUACCACAAAACAUGAUUUUAACUGGACUAUUAGACAACUGGGGUCAGCUAAUCAUAUGUGGAUGUCUAGAUGUGGGGUAAACUGGGAGGGCAAUUUGAAAAAGGGAGUUUGGGUUUUCCUUGACCACAUGUUUUGGACUUUACCACAUGAUUUUUCCAAUAUGAGUGAAGUUGCUCCUGACUUGUAUGCUGAGCUACAGAAGUCAAACUUGCUUCUCUUCAAAGGUGAUCUAAACUAUAGAAAAUUGACAGGAGAUAGAAAAUGGGAAUACACUGUCCCGUUUCAUCAAGCCUUGAAUAAGUUUCAUCCUGCGCCUCUCUGUAGUUUGAGAACAUUGAAAUGUGACACUCAGGUUGGCCUGAAACAUGGACAAGGUGAGCAAAUUCAGGCUUCUGAACCUGAGUGGAUGGAAUCUCAUGAUCACGUUCUUUUGGAUAUUCCUGUCACUAGAGAGCAGAUGAAUCAUUAUCGAGCUGCAGCUGAAACUGCUCAAAGUGAACUUGCAGCACUUUCAGUGAAGUAUGACUGUGCCCAGUCAGAGCUGCUUAAACUCAGGUCGAGCAUGAUCUCUAAAGAAGCUUCUUUUCAAGAGCUGAAGGCUGAAGCUGAAAGCCAUAAGGAAAACAAGGCCAGACUGAUGUCUCGCCUCCUGUCUUUGCAAACACAAAUCCAGGAGAUGGAGGAAGAGCUGUGCAUGCUCACUGCUUCUAAAAACCAGGCUGAGCUGGCAGCUCAGGUGGCAUGUAAGGAAAACUUGGAGCUGAAGGAGGAGCUCCAUAAGAAAAGUGCAGAACUUAAUAAAUAUUUGAAUGAGUGUGAAGAAAACAUGACUCAAGCUUCUAAAAUCAGUAAAAACUAUGAAGAGCUCCUUACACAUCUUUCUGGAUUCUUGGACAUAGACAUCAGAGAAAAAGAGAAACCACAAGAACAUUUAACAUCAAAGGUCUCUGAAAUAUGUAAAGAAAAUGUGACACUAAAAGACCAGGUUGCUGCUCUUCAAGAAGCUGUGAAUGUCCAUGAGAUGGAGUCUAAAGCAAACAGAGAAACUAUCAUGAGACUGGUUUCAGAAGUGGCCAAGGAGCAGAAAAAGGCAGCAGGAUACUACCAAGACAUGGAAAAACUUAGUAAGGAUCUUGACAGUGCUAUAAUAAAGAAGCAGAGUUUAGAGAUGGAGAUCAGAAACCUCCAAGAGAAACUGACUGUUAAGCAGAAAGCUUUGGACACCUCAAAGCAGGAGCUGCACAAUCUGAAGAAAUCUUGCAGUGAGUUAGAUGCAAGCUUGAAGAGUAGCAGAGAAGAGGCCAGGUCUGCUCAGAGCUCUUUAGAAGCUUUUAAAGAAGAAAUUGCUACCCUGCUCAGCUGUGAAUCUGCAAUAAUUAAACCUUCUGGGAACGCCCUUUUGGAGAGGAUCCAAGAAAUAAAUUGCAAAGAGAAGAAUAACGAAAUAAUGGUAUCUCAGCUUGAAACGCAAUUAGCUAAAUUGACUAAAGCUUUGGAAAAUCAGACCAGAUUGUACCAUGAAGCCCUGGAGAGGAGCAGGAAAGCUGAAAAAUGUUCUGAGAAUUUCCACGAUCAACUGAAGCACUUGGAAGAGGAAUUAUUAAAUGGAGACCUGAUGCAAGAUGGUUGGAAGCUUGAGAAACAAAAAUAUAUGAAAUUUCUGGAGCAACUUAAUGAGAAGAUGAAGCUGGACAGUCUAGCAGCAGAGGUUGGAUUUGAUAUGGCCAUGGAUGUGAUUCUGGCCCGGGUGGAGCAGCUGGUGAAACUGGAAGGGGAUGCAGUGGUUGAGAACAAGACUGUGGCAUACAGCCUUAGAAGGAAGUUGAAGGCUCAGAAAGAAAAGCUAGAAAGCAGAGAGCUGCACAUGAACCUUCUGCGGCAGAAAAUAACCCAGCUGGAAGAAGAGAGGCAAGUAAGGGCUGCCUUAGCUGUGGAAAGGGAUGAGGCCAAUCUCACUGUCAGAAAGUUACAUAAGAUGAUCGAGAGGCUACAGAAGCAGCUUGAUCUGGCAAGGGAAGCAAAUACUGAUCUCAAAGCCAAGCUGUCUGAAACCAGCGAACUUAAGAUCAAAACUUUGGAGCAGAACAGAACGAUAGAAGAACUCAAUAAGUCUCAAGACAAAUUGGAAAGAAUGAAAGAAAAAGCUGAGAAACAACUUAGAUCUGCCAAAUCAGAACUUCUUUUAAAGGAGCGUAAAGCUACUGAAGAUAAAGAAAAAAACAAAAAUAUGUUAGAAGCAGUUACCAGUGAGAUGAAGGUGCUUAAAACAACCCUUGCAGAACUUGCAAAAAGAGAGAGACAGCUGGCAGAUUUCCGAGAGGUGGUCUCGCGGAUGCUGGGCCUCGACAUUGCCAGCCUGGCUCUUCCCGACUAUGAAAUCAUCUCACGCCUUGAAGGGCUGGUCCACUCCCAUCUGCACCACUUCUUCCCCUGUGUCUGCCUCAGGGAUGUGGCAAGGACCCCAGAGGAGCAGCAAAGAAACGUCCAGCUUCUUCACUGAACGGAGAUGGAACAAAGUAAAAUUCUCCGUUGGCUUCCUUACCUGUUGGACCUCCACAGAAAACAGAUCCCCGUUUCUGGUCCCUACUCCAGGGUCACCAACCAGGGCUGAUUUUUAGAACUUCAACGGAGAGACUGAUUGGAAUGGGUAGAGUCAAGCCAGCAGCCUGGAGAUGGCAAACAAAAAAUCCCUGGGCAGCUUACUACUUCAGUUAUGAAAAUGAUAGGCAACACAUCAACAAUGCCCUCAAGUUACAGUGCAGAGGCGUUGGAGUCAUGGGUCACCCAAGGUCAGCUCACAAUUUUGAGAAGUUACUUCAGUGGCAUUCCUUGUGUUUUACCUCUAGGUGACAAGGAUGAAAUCAAGCGGGGGUUGCUCUGCUGCUGUUCUUCUUGCCUCCUGGGACAUCUCUGCAUUUUUACACAUAAGGGCUUUAGCUUCAAGAUAAUUGUCUGCAAGAUAGAAGAUUAUCUUAAUUUUGGAACAAGAGUGGUUUUUUUUCUUCUGUUGGUUGCUUUUGUCUGCUUGUAUGGCAAAACAAAAAAAAUAAUUUUUGCAGCAAAGGCUUUCUCACAGUGUCCCGUCAUGUGCCUCAUAUAAAUAUAUUUGGUAAAAUUGAGUGUUGGCCUUGGUCUUGAUGUCUUGAAAAGUUUGCUUCCAGCUGCUGCAUUCCUUGGGCAAUUAAUCCACAGUGGUAAUUCUUCUGGGUUAAUGAAAAAUUAUUUUAGAAUUCUUGUUCACUACAGAAAAUAGCUGAACUACUGAAGUGUUUAUUUUCAGAGAAGGGUACAAAACUGAUGAUGAGGUGUACAAAACUACCUCUUAGUAGUAAAAACUGCUUUCUGAGUGUUGCUAAACAUCAUGAUUUUAAAAAAAUUAAAUAUAGACAAUAAAUCUGUUUUAAUAGUACAUUCAAACUUGAUUCUGUGGUUUUAGUUUCUCUUCCCAUUAUAUGUUUUGUAUGGUUGUGUAGAACAGUAAAGAUGACUUUCUUAUUUUUGUCUUGACCAUUUGUGGGCUUUCUACAGUAUCUCAGCGAAUGAUGACCCACUCAGUAAAACUGAACACACUAUUUUAAGAAAAAUAACACUUUUUCAAGUAAGAGUGGUAAUUUUGGUAUCUGGCUGGGGACUUGAAACACGUUUUUAUUUCAUUGGCUUCUAAAGAAUUGUUUCUCAUUGACUUGCUGUAAAAUAAAGAAAUAAACACUCAAGCUUUUGUAAAAUCAGUCAUUUGAGAAGAUAGAAAUAAAUCUUGUGUAAAUUCUUAUGCUCCUAUGGCUAACUGGAUUGAAAGAAAUUUAAUUUUUUGUUUUGCAAUGUAACGUUGUUUUGGGGGAAUGACUUCAAAUGGAAAGAGAGCAGGUUUAGAUUAGAUAUGAGAAAAAAAUUCUUUUUUGUGUGGGUAGUGAGGCGCAGGUCGCAUAGAGAACUUGUGGAUGUUCCAUCCCUGGAAGUGUUCAAGGCUGGAUGGAAUGUAAUUUUUAAGCAUGAUAUGUUGAUUGGGUAAUUAAAGGAUGGAAAAGGAUGCAAAAAGGAUGCAGUAAUUUUCUAAUUCUUUGUGAGAUAAUACAAGUAGUUUCACUUUGUGUUUUAUUGGUUUUAUUGGCACUUUUUGAUUUAUUACUAAAGGACACAACACAUUUUUUUCAUCCACAUUAAUAAAAAUCAUACAAAACAUGAUUUACAUGAUUAUUUUGAAAGUUAAGUAAAUUGCAUUACAAAUUCAGGUCCAUGCAGCCUAGAUAAUACAUUCAUAACAUUAAGAAAUAGUCUCUGAGAAUGACAAAUGUGAAGUAAGGUUGCAUUGCAAAAUGAUUUCCUGAUGUCUGCAAUGAGACUUGAAGCCUUCUGUCAGGGCCGCGAGCCUCGUCCCCUGGCACCCUGUGACCAGCCCUGGCACCAGCAGUGGAGCUCCAGCCCCACAGAAGCCACCAGCAUGGGUCUCUCAUUAUUUCAAAGGAGGCAGGUUUUCACAUUCGCAGCAAUGCCACAAUAAGGAAUAAAGGUUUUCAAAUGUUUUGGUGUUUUUUUAGCCCAACAGAUCUGCAUUUUCUGAAGUAUUAAUGCUCACCAUGUUCACAAAGGAAUAUGACGUAUUAUCUGACUACUAAUAUUCCCUGUAUUUGCUUUACUUUUGGAAGAGCACUGACAUAUUUCUCCACUUGGCCAAAGAAAAAUAAAAAAAAAAAAACAAAUAAGACACAAUUUGAUUUGAACAAAGCUCAGGUGAUUUUUGACCUAUAUAAUUUAAGUAAGCCCUGAAAUCACAGACUUUCACUUUUUUUUCUAAGGCUUGUUCCAUACAGCACUGAAGUAAGUCUUUCUUUUGGGAGAAAAAUAGAGAAAUUCAAAGAGGUUUAUGAAUGUUUUGAACAUUUGUUUCAAAUGUUUUCUUCUUUUUAAAACAAGAUGCAUUCAUGACAAGACAGGCAUAGCAAAUGUGUAUUAAAGUUCUGUCAGCAGACACCCCUCUUCCCAUAGAUUAUUUUUAUUAGGUUUGUCUGUAUUAAAAAAGGUGUGGGAUUAAGAGUUUACUAUCUGUUCAUAAUUACUCUUUUAUUGUGGUAAAGUAUAUAAAAUUCUUGAUUUAUCAACACAAUGCAUUCUGAAGUAGAAGUAAUAUAUGUUAACUCACAGAGCAGUACAGCUACAGAACUACAUUUAUUUUCUCCAAAUAACAGUUGAACUAACUCCAGUGAAGACAACUUUACUAAGUGUCCAGCCAAAACUCAACAAAUUAAAAUGUUGCAGUUGUAGAUAUUAAAGUGAAAUUAUUUACAUGCCAUAAACACUGUAAAAAUAAAAUCACAAAGCAGAAAGAAAAAUGUGUUAUAAGUGUGUUAAAGUACAUGGAACUGAAUUUUUGCCUAUGCAUCAUAUUAUUGAUAAUACACUAUUUGCAACACAGCAGAACCAUGCAUCAGAAUAUUAAUGUAGUAGAACCAUGGUUCCUCAAUGAAAUUAAGUGCAAAAGUAUUCAAGUACUUGCUAAAUUAGAAUUAAGAUGCAUCAAGACAGAUCAUGUUAAAUUACUCUUUGACUUCUGUUGCUCUGUAGUUUAUUAUUACAGAAUAAAGCAGUUUGCUUUUUCA